ACGUACGAUACGAAAAUCUAACAAAUCUUCAACCUUGGAAAAAGUCUUAGCUAUGAGCAGUUGCGAAGUCAUCGCUAUGAGACACCAGCAAUCAUGAACGAACACGAUUCGUGAAAAAAAAUUUAGCGUGUGUUUAAAGUUUGGUCAAAAUAACUUGCUCUAAUGCAGAUUGUUAUUGUCUCAAAUUGUUGUAUAUUUUUGUGAAAGCGUGUGGUGUUCGUAUAUUUUGUUAUAAAUCACUUAAAAAACUAUGAGCGAUGCCGGUGGAAGUGACCUAUCCGAGGCAGAUCGUCGUCGAAUCGAGGCUAACCGGCAGCGUGCCCUGAAUCUCCGACAAGCGCGCCUAACGGCUCACCCCUAUGGAAGCGCGGGAGAUAAACAACGUCCCCAGGAAACGGCCGUCGCCGUGGGCAAUGUAAUCAAAGUGUCCGGGACCAAGUACAUCGACAGUGGUGGAGGCUUUCUGAUCGAGCAACGGACCUGUGUUGACCCCAAAGAUCAGGAACCGGCUGCGGUCGACGAGAGGGAAGUGGAGAAGGAUUCCGUUCCGGUUCCGAUCGAGUACGACGAGUGUUUGGAUUGCGGGGACCGGUUUGCCGAUUCGUACCUGUUGGCCACAUUCGAUUACAAGGUUUGCGAUGCAUGUCGAGAUUCGGACGGGAAGCACUCGCUCAUAACGAGAACCGAGGCCAAGCAGGAAUAUCUGCUGAAGGAUUGCGACCUGGAUAAGCGGGAACCGAUACUGAAGUAUGUGAGCAGGAAGAAUCCGCACAACGUGCGCUGGGGAGAGAUGAAGCUGUAUCUACACAUUCAGGUGGAGGAGCGAGCGUUGGAGGUUUGGGGAUCGGAGGAGAAUCUCAUCAAGGAGAAGGAACUGAGGGAGGAGAAGCGGGAGGUGACCAAGGUCAAGAAGUACAACAAACGGCUGAAGGAGCUGAGGAUGGACGUUCGGAGCAGUUUGUACGAUAAGACUUCACAGGCCCAUCAGCAUAGCUGGGGGGAGGGCGAAGUUUACAAUGAGGAAGAGGAUACCUACACGAGGACCUGCGAAACAUGUGGCCACAAGGAAACGUACGAAAAGAUGUGAUUUGGUUGGCCUUCGGAACAGUCGGUUGCUGGUGUUCGGUUCUGUUAUGAUAUUCCGUGUAUUCUCUUUGUUUGGUUAAUAGUAGUAAACAACAGUAGUUUUUAAGAUUAUCAUUAAAACAGAUAAUUCAUUUUAGGCGUUUCUAAUUACAAACAAUCAUAUUUGCCUCUUUGAAGCAUUGCAAAA